UGUUGCAACAAGUGUUUUUCUAUUAAAGCAUGUGCAGCUUCAACAUCAACAGCACCCUCAGCUUCAACUUCCCGCCACUGGAUGGUGCUCAUGGAGACUCCUCCACAAGGGGUCAUUUCCAAACAACAAGUUAUUGAAUACUAUGUUAAAACCCUUCAAAGAGUUUUGGGAAAGUGGUGAGAAGGAUGCUCAGAUGUGUAUAUAUGAUGCUUCUUGGGAUACCCAUUUUGGCUUUUGCUGUGAUGUUGAUGAUGAAACUUCCCAGAAGCUUGCACGUUUACCGGGGGUUUUAUCAGUUAAGCCUGACCCAGAUUUUGGUUCUGUGAAAAAGGAUUACAGUUUUUCAAAUGUUCAAAGUGCAAGUACUCUGUUAUUUCCACUUGGGAAUACCAAACACUGGCUUGUUCGAAUGGAUAAACCGGGGAUUGGCGUUGUUACAAAGGCGCAAAUGGUUGAUUAUUAUGCUCAAAUACUAACAAAGGUCUUGGGAAAUGUGUGUGUCUGUAGUGAGAAAGAUGCACAAAUGUGUAUAUAUCAUGUUUCGUGGAAAUCUAACUUUGGCUUCUGUUGUGAACUUGAUGAAGAAUCUGCAAGCAAUAUUGCAAGUGUUCCUGGUGUUUUAUCUGUUCAGCCAGACAAGAGUUAUGACUCAGAAAAUAAAGACUAUGGAGCUAAUGACAUAAAGACUAAGGAUGUGUCAAUCUCUGCGGAGGCAAGUCAAACAACCCCCACAAGAACAAAGAAGCUUUUUGUGACUGGCUUAUCAUUUUAUACAUCUGAGAAAACCCUCCGAGAAGCAUUUGAAGGCUUUGGUCAGCUUGUUGAAGUAAAAAUAAUAAUGGACAAGAUUUCUAAAAGGUCCAAAGGCUAUGCAUUCAUAGAAUACACUACAGAGGAAGCUGCUGCUGCUGCACUCAAUGAGAUGAAUGGCAAGAUCAUUAAUGGCUGGAUGAUAGUUGUUGAUGUUGCCAAGACUAGCCCUCCAAGAUAUAGCAGGGGCCAAAGCAGAUCAGCAGCAACCAGAUGAAAAUUAAGAGAGAAGAAUAUAAAGAUUUGACCCCAGAAAUGUAUAAUGUUUGUAACCAGCCAUCUACUUUUUGUAGAAUGUUCCUGUGUGACCCUUGACAGAAGCAAGGUUUUUUAAAAGUAGUUGAAAAUCAAUAUUUUUCUCA